AUGAACCGAGGAUCAGUUUUGGCAUCAACUCUGUUACUGCUGCUAGUGCCAUGGCUGCCGCUUCCAGCUCUUGCCUCCAGCAAGGUCUAUAUUGUAUACAUGGGUGAGAAGGAACACGAUGAUCCUCCAGGGUCACCGCAUCACACCACGACGUGCUUGCAUCUGUUCUUGGAAGUUAUAACUUACUCACAAUGGAAUGGAACAGUAAGGGAGGCGGCCUUGAAGUCCAUAGUUUACAGCUACAAGCACGGCUUCUGGAUUCAAGCGGCGAUGCUCACCGAAGCCCAAGCCGAAGAACUCUCAAGCUUGGAUGGAGUCGUCUUCGUGAAGCCUGACGCUUUGUACGAGAUGCAGACGACCCGGAGCUGGGACGUCGUUCUUGGUAAUAUCAGCGACCAACAAUCAGCUCGCCUCCAGCAGAAAGCCAAAUUCGGUCAAGAUAUCAUCGUUGGCGUGGAGUUCGCCGGCACGCUGCACGCCGUGGCGAGGGGCGUCCCGGUGGUGUUCGCGGGCAUGAACCGCGGCCCCACGCCGCAGACGGUGCGGAACACGGCGCCGUGGCUCAUCACGGUGGCCGCUAGCAUGAUAGACCGGUCGUUCCCGACAAAGGUGGUCCUCGGGAACAACGAAGAGCUGGUGCUUCCAUGCUGUGAUCCCAUCGUUCUACGCGACCACCCCGGCGCUUGCCGUCCUGACCUCCCGAUGAACCGCAGAGGCAUCCCUACCGGGUUCGGCAACUGCUCGUGGUGGAACAACCUCACCGGCGAGCUCCCCAACGACAUCUUCGACGUGAAACCGCUGCCGCACUGGCGCACUGCUGAUCCCGUCGAGCAAGAUACAAGGAGGCUUGAUGCUGGGCGCAUCACCAAGCUGAGCAACCACGUCUCUUUCGACCUCGGCGGUCUCAACCUCGCACUGCUCCGUGGCCCCAGCAGCCCGCGCCUGGUGCUGCUACUUCCGUAUGCGCUUCUUCGUCACGGCGACGCCGGACCUGCUCGCGUCCGCCGCCUUGUCGCCCGCCGUCGCCUCCGCAGUGUUCGCCUCGAUGUCUUCAUCUUCCUCCUCGUAGUCGAUGUCCUCGCUCUCACCGGCUCCUUCGUCAUCCAGCGCCGUCGUCUGCACACCCUUGCCCUUGGCCCUCUUCUUCUCCGAUGCUUGCGCGCGCUCGGCCCUAGCGUCGAAGAUCCGCCUCUGCCUACAUCUAGCGGUUGA